UAGUCUCCGUGAGUGCCAAUCCUGGCAGGCGCGACCCCAGGGGCGGGAGCCGAGGUAAAGAGGCGAUGUCCGGGGGCCGCGAUUUCUGCUGUGACUGCGGUCAGGCCGGGACCCUCGCACAGGCGAAUUGCCGACGGGGUAACGGGAGAGCGCUCAGUGCCGCGGCUGUGGAGAUAACAGCUGUGCCGAGGCCAUUGAAUCUGGUGGCCCUGGUGAUUUGCCCGUCCAGUUCAGUGAGCACAGUUAUCACCUGCUGUCAGCACACGCCUCCUCAGGUUUUCUAAAAAAAAUUUUUUUAAAGCGUAUCACAGUCUUUUUGUUCCAGAAGAAAACCACGUGCAUGGAUCUGUGAACCUUUGUGCAUGUCUUCUGCCCUGAGCGUUUGCAGGAGGAGGAUGAGGAGACGCGUCUGCUCUGGAGGACCGAAGGCUAAGUCUUGAAAUCAUAAUUCCUGCAACUGUUCACACUGUCCUGAGUGCUCUAUAUUUAUGCUGCCACAGAAAGAAUUGGUUACACUCGGAGGAGAAAAAACCCAGGAAAUGCCAAGGACUGAAAUGCACUUGCAGCUGAAGUAUCCUCAUCAUGAAUAGGUACAAAACUAUCAGACAGCUUGGUGAUGGGACCUAUGGCUCUGUUCUCCUAGGGAGAAGCAUUGAAUCUGGAGAGCUAAUAGCCAUUAAAAAAAUGAAGAGAAAAUUUUAUUCCUGGGAGGAGUGCAUGAACCUUCGAGAGGUUAAGUCUUUGAAGAAAUUAAACCAUGCUAAUGUGGUAAAGCUGAAAGAAGUUAUCAGGGAAAAUGAUCAUCUGUAUUUUGUGUUUGAAUACAUGAAGGAGAAUCUUUAUCAGUUAAUGAAAGAGAGAAACAAACUGUUCCCUGAGUCUACAGUUAGGAAUAUUAUGUAUCAGAUCCUGCAAGGGCUUGCAUUUAUUCAUAAGCAUGGGUUCUUUCACAGGGACUUGAAACCUGAAAACCUGCUUUGUAUGGGACCAGAACUUGUGAAAAUUGCAGAUUUUGGCUUAGCCCGAGAAAUCCGAUCUCGACCUCCUUACACAGAUUAUGUAUCCACAAGAUGGUACAGGGCUCCUGAAGUACUUCUGAGAUCCACCUGCUAUAGUUCUCCAAUAGAUAUUUGGGCUGUUGGCUGCAUAAUGGCAGAGGUUUACACACUGAGGCCUCUCUUCCCAGGCGCCAGUGAAAUUGAUACUAUAUUCAAAAUUUGCCAAGUCUUAGGAACACCAAAAAAGAAUGACUGGCCUGAAGGCUACCAACUUUCAGCUUCCAUGAAUUUUCGCUGGCCUCAGUGUGUACCUAAUAACCUAAAAUCUCUUAUACCUAAUGCCAGCAGUGAAGCAGUGCAGCUCAUGAGAGACAUGCUGCAGUGGGACCCCAAAAAGCGGCCAACAGCUAGUCAGGCACUUCGAUACUCAUACUUCCAGGUUGGGCAUGCCCUGGGCAUUCAGGAACUGGGAAAACAAAAGGAACUGCAUAGUAAAUCAUCUCUGCAUAUUAAGCCUGUCCCUCCAGCACAGCCCCCUCUGAAACCUCAUGCCCGAAUUUCAUCAAGGCCUUUCCAACAAAGCCAGUCUUCUCAGCACGUGGUGUACGCAUGUAAGACAGACAACUCUGGGGCUGAGCACAGUAACUGCUCACAGGAGGACAAAUCUAACCAGGUUCUUCUGCCUGCAAUUCACAAUAAGGUUCCUCAGCAGAAAACAUCUGCUGUGUCUGAGAAUAUAAAUGGUGAACUUAAACCAAAACCUAGGCGAAGAUGGGGACAUCUUCCCAGGACAGUUAAGAGUUCUGAAGACUGGGAUGACUUGGAAGACCUUGAUUUCAGCUCUUCCAUCAUGAGAAUGGACUUGAAAAACAAGAAAAGGCAGAAUGAUGAAACUCUUUAUAGGUUUGAAAGCAUUUUGGACGUGAAGCCUUUGGAUGCUGUAGGCUCUGGCAGCAGUGCACGAACUUCCCAUGGGACCUUUUUGCGGCAGGACACUCCCACAUUGCGAGUUUCAGCAGCAAAGCAACACUAUUUAAACCAUUCUAGGUAUCGACCUGGAAUAAGCACCAGGAAUAGCAUAGUCUCCACUUCAAACAAAGAGUCUGUUCCAUCUAAUCACUGGCCCGGUUCUGGCUUGUCUGAGAAAACUUCUGGUUUGGGAGGAAGUACUACCAACAGGAUGAAUUCAGGGCCCAUAGGAUCAAGCAGUGUAACGAGUGCUUAUGUCCCUUCAUUUCUGAAGAAGGAAGUAGGUUCUGCUGAGCAGAGGGUUCAGUUAGCACCAGUUGUGGAUCCAUCUUCUGAUUUUGCGUCUCUGACAUCAGUCAGACCCCUCCUUGGAUGGCCAUCGUUCAGCUCACCUGCCAAAAGCUCGCCGAGGCUGGUGCCUCUCCCGCCAGCAGCGGAGCCGAUCCACGGGCGCGUUGACUGGUCUGCCAAGUACGGCGCUCACCGGUGACCUGGGACACGCCCGCUGAGCAGGGCAUGCUGCCAGGAAAGGGUGGCCAACGUGAGACCCUUUCAUCCUGGUUUACGUACCUGGACAUUUAAAAGGAGCAGAUCUUCUGUGAAUGAGACAUUUUGAAGGGGUUUUUUUUACUUACCUGCAUUAAUCUGAAUGCAAUCUUGUACCUUUUUGUAUAAAAAUAUUUUGUUAUAUACUUGGGUCCAGUUAUUUUCAUAAAAGUGAUACAUUUUGUAUAUAAGGCUUAGGGGAUUUGGCACUUUUAUACGGCAAAUUUUUAUAAUGAACUUUUAAAAAAAUUAACUUUCUUAUUAGAUUCAACUUUUUUAUAGAAGUGGAUAAAAAAACCAUGGUGCAAUAUUGCAGUGAAGGAGAAGUACUGAGGAAGAGGCAUUCGUUAGACGUUUUCUGAAGUUCAUGUGCUAACUGAGGCUGUGUAAUUUCAGGAGAUGCCAUGUCUCAGUGCCACACUUCUGUUGUCCCAUGCUCAUUGCUUUGUCCUGACAUCAGAGGACUGAGUGACUUACCAGUCUAAACUCACCUUUGCAGUCAUUGAGAGACUGCUGAAAGAUAGUGGGAGGCACCUUUUUUAAAAUUUAUUUUUGCCUUUAAAAGGUUUUUUGUUGGACAGCUAUUCAAAUUUACCAAAUCUGAGGACUCUUGUUUGGUGAAGGGUAAAUUCUCUUCAGUAGAUCUGUUUUCUGACACAGUGUUCCUUUUUCCUGCUUAAGAGUUCUUUGGCAUUGUUCACUGUGAAACAGAAUGUGGACCUACCUCUGUUAAAUUCAUGUAAAUGGUCUAAUGAUUUCUAAGGAGAUAACGCAGAUUCUGUUUCUUCUUUUUCUUUUGUUGCAAAUGUAAGAUCUGAAGACAUAUUAAGCACCAUAUUAACAAUUAAAAAAAUCACUAAAACUAAUAAAACUGAUUUCAGAGUAAUAAAACACUAAUGAUAUACCAGCAACAUAUUUUAAGGAAACAAGAUCUAUGCAGCUGACUUACUUUUCAAAACUGUUUUGUAUCGCUGCUGUUUUACAUCACUUAAGGGAAAAAACUCAGAAACCAAAACAACCCAGAGGAAAUUAGUCAGUCCGGCCUUAGUUAUGUUUAUACUCAGUUCUUCUUCACUCAGUACAUCUUCAUUUACAACGUGAAAAAUAUAUCAGCUUCCAUAAAUCAGGUCCAGAGGCUCUACAGGAAAAAAUGGGAUCUUAUGUGGUCCUAUUAAGAAAACGUAAAACUGUGGUUGAUUUCACUGAAAUUGAUACAGUCCUUUGAAGAGCAGUUUAACUCGGUUUAUGAGAGUAUGAUUUAUAUCAAGUUACAGAGAAAAAAAAAGUAGCGCCAUAAUCUGGUUUAGUUCUGCUCUGGAAAGGAGUGCCAGAGUCCAGCCAUCAGCAGAAGAUUCUUUUAGAUCACAGUCAGCAUUUACCUGUUCCUGCACCUGCAUAAAACUGUUCAGUGCUGUGGGAGAAUACCUUCCAUAGCUGUGAUCUGGAGCAGUGCUGCCAAAGCUGAAGUGUGCUGAGAAAAUGCAUCUCCUUGCAGAAGUGUGCAGAAAUGCUCAUCUUUCUGAGGAAAAUCGUUUAAUUAUGAGACUUAAAUCCAGCCUAAAGGGGUCAGAGCGAGUGCAGUUCUCAGCUUCCAGUCAUUUCACAGAAACUGAAUGGCUUGUGUGUCAGCAAGACUCUCUCCAUGGGAUCUCCUGGCACACACAGGGGCCACCGCUGUGGUUCUGAGACUGAGAACAGAGUCUGGCCUUUUUGGUGCUUCCCACGGUGAAUGUGUGGGAUUUGGAGGGAGCUGUACCCCAGGGUAGGCUGCUGGCUCAGUGCUGCAGGGGGAAUCACAGGGAACGCUGGUCACUGUUUGCUUUUAUGGGCCCAGCCCACAAAGAGACAAGACUCUGUUGUCUGGGCAUAGCAAGUACUAACUCCAAACCUAACUGCUUCCACAGCAGUGAUGCCAAUUCUUAGCAGUAAAGUAAAGCAGCCAUUUGAUUUCUAAACCACACACUGAUGGGUGUCUGUGGGUAAGUGGAAAGGGAAAUAUGUAUAUUUGUGUUAGAACUGGAAAGAGUUGUUUCUCUUGGUGGAAAUAAAUGCCUGUAUUUAUGUAUACAUAUCAUUUAAUUUAUUUUAUCACCAAGUAAUUUGUCUCAAGAAUGAACACCCUGAACCCAUCCCAGUAUCCCUAGACCUAAGCAGGCUAUUUAAGUAGUCUGGUCUGUACACUUAGUUUCUAUGAGUAGAAGGAGACAGGUCAUGAGAACAGGUAGCUGAGGCUUGGAUUCAUCAUACCUAAGGGUGAGCUCCUUUGUUGUGAGGUGACUCACCCCUGGUGAGUUGAAGUCAGGUCAAGAGAAAUCUGUCUCAUCUGAGAAUAUAUUAACAUUCUGGAGAUACCUGAGUCUCUCCACUAAGGAGGGGGACAACUCUGUGAGAGUCAGGUAACACAGGAUGAAUCUGAACCUGGCCUGUAAUCUCUGAACCUUUAUCAGACAGUCAGUGAUUCUUUUGACAAUAGCAUCCAGGCUUUAGUCAGUCCAGUGAACAGAUUAUAAAAAUAAGUUUUAUUUCUAAUUUUCUUUUUUUAUAUCUCCUCCUUUCCUAAGUUAAGGCCUUUUAGUUUUGGGGAAAAAAAGUUAAUAAUCUUGACAUGCAGAAUCACAAAUAGUUUUAACUUAGUGAGACAAAAUUAGCUAUAUGUAAUAGCUGUAUCCUUUACUCAAGCAAAUUCUUACUGAAGCUGGAAAAGUUCUUUUUAAACAGGAUGGAGCUGAGUUUAUGUAUUUUACCAUGCUGUCUCUGUGCAAUACGGAUAUGGAAAUUUAUAUAUUGAAAUUUGGACAAGCGGAAUAUCUGAUAAUUUAUGACAUGUAACUUUAUGCUUUAAUAUUUAGUCAUAUAUUUGUGAAAAAUGUUUUUAGAAUUGUACUGUUUACACUUUCUCAGGCUUUAGCAUAACAUGUAAUAAUAAAGGAGUCUGACAGUGGAAUCAUUCACCCCUGUAAUCCAGAUUUUCCAAAACAGUGUAAGUGCCAUGAUGUUAGCAAGAGAAAAAAAAAGAAAAAAAAGAAAAAAAGCCAGAAAACCCACUCCCAUUGUGUUCCUGUAUAUGGUAUGGCUGUUGAUAUGAGUAGGAAGUUCCAUAAUGUGAGGAGGAAAACAUACACUGAAAGAACAUUUUAGAACUUAAUAUGGAAGGAGGGGGUUGAAUUGUCAGAGAUGGGGAGAAGUAAUGGUUCUUGUUUGUUCAGUAUUUUUGUUCAGAAACAUUCCAAAUGCUUAUUUCAUUCCUUCUGUGUCAAAUCUCCUGCCCAGAAUAAAGUUAUCCAUGAAGAAGUA